UCAGGAUUUCACAUGCGGUGAGUCACUCGAGAAACGAAAAUUUAUUUCUCUUCCGAAUGAUUCUUAGCAUAAGGACUAGCUUAUUUGGAAUGGGUAACAGCAUUAACAACUUAUCAAUAUAAGGUGCCUUUACCAAGGAUCUAUGAAGCAUCAGUUAUAUUAAGGACGCAGACAGAAUAACAAAGAACGAGGCAACUCAGUCUCAGCAGCUAUGUCAACAAAGUAUCCAGUUCAGGUGGACUGCAUAAGACAAGUGCCACCCACGGCGCUCGAAACGGUAGAAGAAAUCCCGGCGGUUGAGCCUGUACAUCCAGAAAAAACAGCAGAUAGUAGUGAUGAUGAAUACGACACAGACUUAGAAAACGAUUUCAUAGAGGAAGAUCCUCAGGAAAAUAACCAAGGAAGGGAAAAUUAUCUGACAGCUUGUAAAAAUCUUGGCCUGAUCCCUUGCACUCCGUUUCUCAAGCAAAUCGGUAAGGCAGAGAUGAAUCUGAAGCAUUACAAUCUUGGGUCGCUUGGAGCCGAAGCAGUGGCGGUAGCGCUGAUGCAAAAUACAAAAGUGCUGUCGGUGAAUAUUGCUGAUAAUUGCAUCGGUGCAGACGGGGCUAUCUACAUGGCCAAGAUGCUAACCGAGAACCCGUAUAUUACAGAACUGGACGUCUCGCAGAAUGAUCUGCGCACGCAAGGGGCGUAUGCUAUGUCAGAAAUGCUAAGAGAGAACUCCGAACUCCUUGAGCUUAACCUCUCGAAUAACGGUUUCCAGGAAAAAGACGCUGAACCUAUAGUGGAAGCUAUGAAGCAGAAUUACACUCUGAAAUCAUUGAAUCUGAGUCAUAAUCGCUUCUGUGAAAUGGGUGGACGACUGCUAGGCCCAGCAAUUGACGCCAAUGUUGGUCUAGAGUAUCUCGAUUUGAGUUGGAAUCACUUCAGAAGGCAAGGAGCGAUUGCCGUUGCUUAUGGAUUGAGAAACAACUGCGCUUUAAAAUUUCUGGACUUGUCAUGGAAUGGCUUCGCAGACGACGGCGCGAAAGCAAUCGGCGAAGCACUGAGCGAGAACAACACUCUGACUGAGCUUGAUAUUUCUAGUAACCGGAUAUCUGUCGCUGGAGCAAAGAGUCUGGCAAACGGGCUGGCUAAAAAUUCAACCCUGCAGAUCUUACGCAUCGGACAGAACCCGUUCCAGAGUGAGGGUGCUUAUGAGAUCUUGAGCGCCGUUGCGAAAAAUAAAGAGAGCGCCAUUGAAGAAUUGUACUUCGACGACAUUCCUGUGAAUGCCGAGUUUGAGGACUUACUGGAGGAAGUGUUGGAUGAGAGACCGAAUCUGAGUGUUCAGUGUGGAACGGCCAUGAAAGGGAAGGACAGGGUUAAGAGAAUGAAGAAAAAAGUGGACGUUCUUAAUUUGCUCUUGGAGUACAUCGAGCUCAGAGGUCUUCGGGUGGUAGACUUUUUCCGCCAGUUAGACAAGGACAACAGUAAAAAGAUCUCUAGAGCAGAAUUCAUGAACGGAGUAAAGAAAGCUGGAAUACCAAUGACUAGAAAGCAGCUGAAGAAGCUCGUUCGAAUUCUAGAUACAGACAAUGAUGGGAAUAUAGACUACGGAGAAAUGAUCGCCAUUAAAAAGGACGAAGUGUUUGACUUCUACCACAAAAAGAAGACUUACAAGAAAGACGAUCCACUAUUACAGUCCUUUAAAGCCGCCCAACUAAAGAAGCCCUAAACAAACGGAGGCUGUUAUAGUACAAAGCAGCAACUUUUAUGCCUGAUUGGUUGAGAUGGUGGGGCGAGAUAUCUGGACCAAUUACAGAGCAAAGUAAAGCAAACCCGGUGCAAUCACUGAUUUCUUGUGACACUCAGUUGAAAAUUGCCCAAUUUCGAAAAGUUACUUGGCAAACGUACCUACCUACCUGGUGCUAAAAGUCAACUCUCAAACGGCAACGGAAUGUACAGAGUAACCAAAUUUUCAAUUUUUCACCAGCACUGGCUGCCUGGCAUUUUUAACUCUUAGGUUAUUUUGGGCAGCCAGCGCCCCUAUCAUUGUCUGUACUAUUAUUAUAAAUUUUUCUUUCUUGUAUAUUUUGGGGUGAAAAAAAUAAAGUUGUUGUUGUUGUUGUAGCACUCUAUCACACAGUUUCUCCUUGCUUGGUUGAGCAAACUGAUGAUAUAACACACAUACAUGUACAAGAAGAGGGACGCUUUGUAAGCUCCAUCAGACUG